AUGAGUCCACUUGAGAUCACGCUCGGUAUUGUCUUCUCCUCUCAGACUGUAAUUGGAGUUAUAGGAAAUUCUUUCCUAAUCUUACUCUUCGGAUUCAUCUUCUUCACUGUGCACAAACUGAGGCCCAUAGAUACAAUACUCAUACAGCUGGCCUGGGUCAACUUCAUGAUGCUCAUCUUGAAGGGUGUUCCUCAGACAAUGGCGGCUUUGGGCCUGAAGAAUUUCCUGGAUGACACCGGCUGUAAAACUGUGCUCUACCUUUACAGAGUGGCUCGUGCUCUUUCCCUCAACAUGACCUGUCUCCUGAGUGGCUUUCAGGCCAUCAUUAUCAGUCCCAACACUUCCAGGUGGAUAAAGCUCAAAACCAGAAUCCCAAAGUACCUCCUCCCCUGCAGUAUUUUCUGCUGGAUAUCCCAUAUGAUAAUAAAUAUCUGUGUUCUUGUGAGAAUUAAAGGAAUAAGGCUCUCCCAAAACACCUCCAACGUGCUAGAUUAUGGGUAUUGUUAUAUUUCAGAGACUUCAACACUUAACGCUUCACUGUUUGCCUUUGUGGUCUCCCUCCCUGACACUGCUUGUUUAGUGUUCAUGGUCUUUGCCAGUGGCUACAUAAUGUUGUUUCUAAAAAGGCACCACAAAAGGAGCCAGCACAUCCGGAAGUCCAGCUUUUCUCUAAGAGCCUCUCCCGAGACCAAAGCCACUCAAUCCAUCCUCCUGCUGGUAAACACCUUUGUGGGCUUUUCCUUACUCAGUUCCAUUUUGGUAACAUAUAUGCAUUUCAAAAACCCAACACCAUGGUUGUUACAGAGCUCCAAUUUUCUGUCUGCCUGUUUCCCAAUUUUAAGUCCAUUUUUACUGAUCAGCACUGACUCUCAAGUCCUAAAGUACUGCUAUGCUCUCUGGGGAUCCCCCCAUCUUUCCCCUUUCUUGGUGUCCCCAGAGCCUAGCAAAGAACUUAAGCCAUUGUAA